ACCGUCCACGCAUGCGCCGUGCUGUGAAAUUGAGAAGUAACUUCCUGAUGUCCUGUGGAGAAAACCGGGGUUUUCCCACAACAGCGCUGAGCAAAGGUUCAAGGUUAAAACCCGCCAGCGUUGACUGCGUGGACGUCCAUACGCCCCACAGAGCGGUCCGAAGAGAACUGCUCUCCAUUUCCACCGUUAAACCAGAUGCAGACAGUUGUAAAAGUCAUGAAAGUAUUCGUGACGAGGCGCAUCCCGCCGGAGGGGAUGAAGAUCCUGUCAGCGGCUGGAGUGUGUGAGGUGUCUCUGUGGGACUCGGAUGAACCCGUGCAGAGGGAAGAGCUGCUCAGAGGUGUCCAGGGGGCUCACGGUCUCCUGUGUCUGCUGUCAGACAAGAUCGAUGCAGAGGUUCUGGAUGCUGCAGGGCCGAACCUGAAAGUCAUCAGCACCCUGUCCGUGGGGUUUGACCACAUGGCACUCGACGAAAUAAAAAAACGUGGCAUACGCGUUGGAUACACUCCAGACGUCCUGACAGACGCCACAGCAGAGCUGACCGUAGCUCUACUGCUGUCCGCUGCCCGCAGAUUACCAGAGGGAAUAGAAGAGGUCAAGAAUGGAGGCUGGAGCUCGUGGAAGCCUCUCUGGCUGUGUGGUUACGGCCUUUCUGGCAGCACAGUGGGAGUCAUUGGCUUGGGACGUAUUGGCAUGGCCAUUGCUCGGAGACUCAUGCCCUUUGGAGUGAAAAGGCUGCUGUACUCCGGGAGAACAGCCAAAGCCUACGCCGCCGAGCUGAAAGGAGAGUUUGUUCCCUUGGAUACACUGCUGGCUGAGAGCGACUUCAUUGUGGUUUCCUGCUCCCUGACACCAGAAACCCAGGGGCUGUGUGACAGGGCCUUCUUCAGCAAGAUGAAAAACACAGCCGUGUUUGUCAACUCAAGCAGGGGAACCGUGGUGAACCAGGAGGAUCUGCACGAGGCUUUGACCAGCGGAAAGAUAGCUGCAGCUGGACUGGAUGUCACAACACCUGAGCCGCUCCCGACAAACCACCCUCUCCUGUCCUUAAAGAACUGUGUGGUGUUGCCACAUAUUGGCAGUGCCACCUACUCCACGAGAGGCAUCAUGGGAGCUUUGUCAGCUCAAAACCUGCUGGGAGGUUUACAGGGCACAGACAUGCCCAGUGAACUCACCUUCUAGCCCCUGAAACUGAUGGGCUGUGCCUACUGCUCCUCUAACAGAUACCGGUCCAGUAAGGCUUUCCUACGUGUGAAGGGAGGAAGAAAAGAAGGAUGAUGCUUGGGUACUUGAUAGUUUUUCAUGCUGUCGUAGGUUUGAUAGUGUGCAUUUGAGGAAGGAAACGCUUAGGUUUUGUCAUCUUAUGUACAUUAAAGUUCUUGGGAAAAGAUGCUAAUGAAUAAACUAGAAGCACUCCUUAAUAAUAGCUCUUAUCACAAGCACAUGCUUAGAAAUGCAGUUCACUGUGUCAUUCAAAAAGAAAAACAAAAUCUACUGUUCGCAAUAAAGACAAUUUAUACUU